AUGGUCCACGUCGACCACAAGACCGUGCUGAUCGUUAUUGACGGCUGGGGAAUCCCCAGCGAGUCGUCGCCCAAGGAUGGAGAUGCCAUUGCCGCGGCCGAGACUCCUUUCAUGGACGCCUUUCAGAAGAACACUGACGGAUUCACUGAGCUGGAGGCUUCCUCGCUGGCUGUUGGGCUCCCCGAGGGCUUGAUGGGCAACUCGGAGGUCGGCCACUUGAAUAUUGGCGCUGGUAGGGUCGUGUGGCAGGAUGUUGUUCGUAUCGACCAGACGAUCAAGAAAAACGAGUUGAACAAGAAUGAGGUUAUCAUGAAGGCUUUCAAUGCGGCGAAGGAGGGCAAUGGGCGUCUUCACUUGGCUGGCUUGAUCUCGGACGGUGGUGUUCACGCCAAACAAGACCAUCUCUACGCUCUUUUGAAGCUUGCCAAGGAGAUCGGCAUCCCUCAUGUCUACAUCCAUUUCUUUGGUGAUGGACGAGACACAGACCCAAAGUCUGGUGCUGGAUACAUGCAAGGGCUCUUGGACAAGAUCAAGGAGAUUGGGAUUGGUGAAGUUGCGACUGUUGUCGGUAGAUACUACGCCAUGGACCGUGAUAAGCGUUGGGACAGAGUUGAGGUUGCCCUCAAUGCUCUUUGUGUUGGUGACGGAGAGACCAGCACAGACCCAGUCGAGGCUAUCAAGGGGAGAUACGAGAAAGGAGAGAACGACGAGUUCUUGAAGCCAAUUAUUCUUGGCGGCAAGGAGGCUCGUAUUGGAGAGGGUGACCAAGUCUUUUUCUUCAACUACCGGUCUGAUCGUGUCCGAGAGAUCACCCAGCUGCUCGGAGACUACGACCGUUCGCCAUUGGAGGACUUCGCUUACCCUAAGAACAUCACUUUAACCACCAUGACCCAAUACAAACUCGACUACCCAUUCCAAAUUGCCUUCAAGCCCCAACACAUGGGUAACGUCCUCGCCGAGACCCUCGGUAGCCAAGGUGUGAAGCAAGUCCACGUUGCUGAAACUGAGAAGUAUGCCCACGUUACCUUCUUCUUCAACGGCGGUGUCGAGAAAGUGUUCCCUCUCGAGACCAGAGACGAGUCCCAAGAUCUCGUCCCAUCUAAUAAGAGCGUUGCCACUUACGACAAGGCUCCUGAGAUGAGUGCCGCCGGUGUCGCUAAGCAGAUGAGUAAGCGCAUAAAGGAGGGCCAGUUCGAGUUCAUCAUGAACAACUUCGCUCCUCCCGAUAUGGUUGGCCAUACCGGUGACUAUGAAGCUGCCAUCAUCGGUGUCGCAGCUACCGACAAGGCUAUUGGAGCCAUCUACGAGACCUGCAAGGAAGAAGGCUAUAUCUUGUUUAUCACUUCUGAUCACGGUAACGCCGAAGAAAUGAAGUUUGAAGACGGCAAGCCCAAGACCUCCCACACAACCAACAAAGUCCCCUUCAUCAUGGCCAAUGCCCCCAAGGGCUGGAGCUUAAAAAAGAACGAUGGCGUGCUCGGCGACGUCGCGCCUACUAUUCUAGAGGCUAUGGGCUUGAAGCAACCCGAGGAGAUGACUGGUCAUAGUCUUCUUAUUAAGAGUUAG